AGCGUGCUAAUUCCCUCCUAUUCAUUUUGCGCCAUUCAAGCACUGUGCCUACUUUACGCACUAAUACCAUUCAUUUCAUUUGAAUGCCUUAGCAUUGAACUUUGAGCGAGACUGUUAGUACACUGUGCAGACUCUUUGCAUUACAGUCAACCCUGUCGAGACAAUCCUCCUUUCCUCUCUCUGGAAUUUAUCUUGUUGGAAUAUAUCCACCACCCAGGCCACAUGGUGUAGAGUAUUUAUAGCCCAAGGUUCGUGUAACAGGAGUGGAUAUUAUCAUAUUAAUUUCAGAUUGGUAGAUAUCUGGUAGAACAACACACCCCAACACAUUCAAACAGACACAUCUAGGAUGGCUGACACGUUACCGAACGAGGUUGAGGAAGCCCCUCAGAGUCCAGCAAUGAACGGCAAAUCAUCAAGACACCGGGAGAUCGACAACAUGGACCUGGAUGAUCCAGAAGUACAGAGGGAGAUGCAGAGACCAGCACACAUCAAGAACGACAUCAGAGAGAUGGACAGAAACAAGAGGGUCUCACUUAUUCUAAACAGUCAAGCGUUUAGAGAAGAAUUAGAAGCCAUCAUCGACAGUCAACUAAAGGGUGUAUUUCCAACCUGUCGGGCUGAUGUCGAUUUCUGUCGGGGUAUUCAGAGUGGUCCACACCCUGCCAGCCUUUUAGCGCUACAACAAAUCUCAGAACUGGUGCUGCCUCAGUCCCGCUUCAACCAGAGUACAGGGAGGAGUCUCGGAGGAGGAAGAAUCAAUUCAGGUACAAGUUGUGUUAUACCAGUAGCAGAUAUUCGAGGGUCCGACUCAGUCAACUACUCAAAGGGAGAGAAGGCCCUUCGCUGCAAGCUUGCCUCCCUCUAUCGUCUAGUAGAUCUCCACGGAUGGACUCACCUCAUAUACAAUCACAUCUCAGCUCGUGUGAGCAAGGAGCAGGACCAUUUCCUGAUCAACCCCUUCGGCCUCCUCUACCACGAGGUCACUGCAUCAUCCCUCAUCAAGAUUGACUCCGUAGGCAACAUCAUCGACCAUGGCACGACGACCUAUGGCCCCAACCUGGCCGGCUUCACACUUCACUCUGCUAUCCACAAUGCCAGACCAGAUGUCAAAUGCAUCCUCCAUGCCCAUACACCAGUUGUUGCUGCUGUAUCUGCCAUGGAGUGUGGCCUUCUGCCGAUCUGCCAGGAGGCGCUCAUCCUGGGUGAGGUAUCGUACUAUGACUACAAGGGCAUCGUCAUUGAUGAUGAACAGAAGGACAGCAUCAUCAGGGCGCUAGGUCCAAAGAAGAGGGUGUUGUUCUUACGUAAUCAUGGUGUUGUAUGCUGCGGACAGACCAUUGAGGAGGCGUAUUAUCUUACAGUCAAUGUCAUGGCAGCAUGUAAUACACAGGUUCAAGCGAUGUCUGCCGGUAUAGACCAACUGAUCAAGGUGUCCGCAGAGAUUGCAGAGAAGACCAGAGAGGUCGCUUCCCAGGGAGGCGGAGGUGUACAAGGCGAUGAUCAGAUCAAGAAGUGGCGCUGGGGAGAGCUGGAGUUUGAAGCCAUGAUGAGGCAAUUGGAUAACAUGGGUCACAGAACCGGUUACAUCUACCAUGCCCCUCUGGUGCGGUCCGACCCAAAACCACGCAGCGACGUCGCCUACCCAGCCGUCUCAACCGGCGUCACGUAUAUCUACGAUGACGACGUGGAAGGCAGCAAGUACGAGUCGCCCUUGAAGCUGCUGAACAGGAAAAAGGCAAAUGAGAAGACCAAAUGGAUGAAUACACCCAACGUUUACUCUAAGGUAGAAGUACCGGUUGAACAGAACGGAGAGGAGAGCCCAAAGACCAAGACAAAAUGGGUGAGUGAAGCAGACAAGACAUCUGGGCAACCUACCAAGAUCCAAGAUCCACAACAGUUUGCUAAACAGAGUGAUAACCCUAGGGAAUUCAAGACAAAAGCAAAGAAGGUGACAGCUGAACACUUCAAAGACAACAAGAACCCAGGUCCCACAUCACAGGUCCUAGCUGGCAUUGAUGACGGCCGUAAAGUACAGAUCGUGGCAAACGACGCCCAGUUGACUAAUUCCCAAGAGAAGUUGCUCUACGAAACACAGGGCCAGAAUAUACAGCCUGGUCAGUUCUCUGUGGGGUCAAAGGGCAUUGUCCAGCGUGACCAUCAGAACGAUGCCUUGGUCUAUACCGUCUACUCGCCCAAUCCAUUCUGUAGCAUGACAGAGAAAGACAUCCUGGAGUACAAGAGAGAAAUCGCUGAGAAAACAGGCCAGGAUGUACAAGAGAUUGAAUUAAUCUUCCAAGCUCCUGAAGAAGAGGAUAAUAAGCUUGUAGAUGCUCAGGGUGACACCAAGACAGUCACAACUACCAAGAUAUCUACAACAGUUACAGUAGCAGGAGAGGGGGACACUGCCACAGUAGUCAAGACAAGAGUAUCGGAGAAAACGACCAUCAACGGUAGGGACGAGAACGAGGACGAUGAUAGGGAGCCCUCGCCUGGUGUAGACAGCACAGGAUCAUCACCGACAAAGGACCCUAUGUCACCCUCCAAGAAAUCAAAAUCAAAGAAAUUCCGUACUCCAUCGUUCUUGAAAAAGAAAGAGAAGAAGGAGAAGAAAGGAGAAUAGUGCCCUCUUUGGUUGAGUCAUGCAAUGCAGAUGAGAUUGGUUAUGUGUUGUUUGAAGGGAAAACAAAUAAUCAUCAAAUACAAAGAUAUCUGUCUGAGUAAUUUGUGAGUAAAACCAUAUGAUGGCGUUGAACUUUGACAUACCAUGGAAUAUAUGUAAAUUGAUGAGUCGGUGAUGAAAAGGAAUCAAGGUUUGUCAUGUGUAUGAUAUCUAUAUAGUGUAUGCAACGACUCAAAAUGACAAAGGUCUCUUGUCUCUUAAGAACGAUGAUCUACGCUAUGUACCUAAUUAAAAAAAAAUAGUCAAUAGAAAUUAAAUCCUUUGCAUUUUCUUAGCCAUUCUAGAGUUGAUGAAUAUAAAAUGAGGUUAUAAUGUAGGGAAUACUCAAUUAUCUUUUUUUUAUUUCCUCAAUGAAAAAGUACUGAUCUUGUUGUAAUGAUUGUGUGAUGAUCAGGUUCUCCUAGAGGAUGUAAAGCCUGGUUCUUGUUUGGAAAUUUUUCAUGUUCUUAUAUCUGUAGAGUAAGAAUUCUUAUUGCCUUGACUCUUCUUUUCCUACAUGUGAGACACCUCUUGAAAAUUUUGUUUGUAAUCCAUGGAAAAUAUUUGAAAUUGGCAUUUAUUUUCUGUUUAUGCUGCAUUGAAUCAAAGCAUCAGUGAUGUAGAAAAAAAUAAUGCAUUGAUUGUUUCAGAUGGGAAUGACUCUUAGAAAAAAUGUAUGAUCAGAUGUUCUGAAAUAAAAAUUUCUUAUUUUCCAUGGAUUUUCUCUUGCUUGAAAUUGCCCGAAGGUACACAAUAAUUCAUUAGGUGAGCACGUUUCAAUGGUAUAAUAAUCAUGUUUAUUGCCAAAAGUACUUGUAAGUAGUUUUUUUUUUCUUGCUAUAUAUACUGAUUAUAAUGCUAAAUGACUUAUUCUUAUGUAGUAUAUGAAAUAUGUGUAUUGUGUAUAAAAGUAAAAUUAAAGAAAGCAUGCGUGAUAGAAUUAUAGUGGUUUAGAGUUAUUUGUAAUCAUCAAUUUUCCAUCAAAACACCCAUGGUUUCAAGAGGGAAGAUCGUAGCAUGCUAGAUGAAACGUGUAAAUUACAGCACUGUGCACAGACAACAGUGAACUUAUGAUUGAUUUACAAAAAAAGCACUGUGUAUAAUAUUGUAAAAUCAAUGCCAUUGCGAAUUGUUAUUUAAAGCGAAAAUGAAGUCUUUUUGUAAGUAGUUUCAUGAGAACGGCAGUGUCGUUGGGACAAGCGAGUUCAUUGUGUAAAAAAUUCUUCUUCUGUCGUUCUAAUGAUUUCUAUGAUUCAAGUAAACGGUGUAUUCAUGUGUAUUCAUAUUCAAAACAUGUGGGUGAACAGAUAUGUUCUUAACUGCGUGGUUAACUGAAAAUUCAAUUUUUUUUUAUAUUUGCUGAAAUGUUGAAGUGUAGUUAUAUGUAGUGUAUAGAGAGAGUGGACAAAAAUCUGUGAUUUUUUAUCACAGUCACGGUGAAUGUUAUGUUAAAAAAUUAGGUAUGAAAAGAAUCAUUCCCUUUUCAUUAUGGGACUUACAUGGUGUUCAACAUUUGAUGUCUUAAAUGUGUCAAAGUCAUGAUUGGGAAAAACCUUCAACUGGUUCAAGAGACCCUUGGAAGUUGGUUUGUAAAUUGUAAAAACAGGACUUGAAUAUAAAGGCAUGGGACUAGCAUUUCCCAAACUGGAUAGGUUUGUGUGUGGCGUGCAAUAGGCCCAGUCAAAGAGCUUAGAAACGAUUGUACAAAGUAAAUCAAGUCGUUAGAUUUCUUUUUGGGGGGUAUAGGUUGCUGUGGGCGUUGGUGAUGGAUACCGCAUAAAAUGACCCUUUUUUGUUGAUCGUAUCUGUACAUGAGUUACUGUGCAACAGUUUUCUGUAAAUAUGAGCUGCGUCAAGAACAAUAAGGAAAAUAAUCUUUUGAAAGUUUGUCAAACGCAUGUUUUUGUCAUCUCUGGGGUUUUUUCCUGUCUUUUCAUUUACCCAUUGGUCAUUUUUUUUGUUAUGUUGUCAAUCUUCCUAUUCCAUCUUCACAUUAGAAGAGCAGGUGGGUGUUUCACAAAGAUUUGAGUAUGACUUACGUCGCACUUAAAUACCGACGCAUACAUGAUAUGCAGUGCACAAUCUUACUGAUGAAUACGCAGUAGUGCGCUUCCUCUUGGCAUGAUCUGACCAAUGCGGUCAUGCCUUUCAUACCGCACGCAACUAGGCAUUUAAGUACGACUCUAAGUCAUACUUAAAAUCUUUGUGAAACCCCCCCUGAUUGAAUAGAGAGCAUGGGCAGUUCAGACAACUGUUGAGCAAGAUAUGGAUCGAGAUCUGGGGACUGUUUCAUGAAAGGUUUCAGCACUGACAAUUUGUCAUUAUCAAACGGUUACCAGUCAAGAUACGUUUGUUUCUCAGCCAAUCAAAACCCAAGGAAAGCUGUCAGAUCUGACAACUUGUCAGAAAAUAAAUUUGGAUGAAACGCCUCCCAGAUUUUUGACAUGUAUACAGUUACAAACGAUAGAAAUGACGUCAUUUCAUCAACGAGCAUGAGCUGUAAGAUUUUCUAAAUGAUUUUAGUGGAUGUCAGGUUUAUGAAACCAGACCUAGGUUAACACUCGAGUCAUGUGAUCGUGUGUAACUGAUAAAUACAUGGUGAUAUGUCAGGCUGAGAUAGGGCAAGUGUGUAGGCUGCGAUGCAUGUGUGCCUUGGUAGUACUAGAUGUACAUCUGAAUAAAGUUGCACUAAACCGACCUCACUUGACAUUAAAAUGUACAUGUAGAUAUAUUUGCUAGUGAACGUGUUAAAGUAUUUCGGACCAUUGCAUAUAGCACUGUGUGGUACUUUUUUAUUUUCAUGUGAUCAUACCUCAGCAAUGCUAUCAUACAGACUCUAAGGCAACUGAAACUUGACUUUUUCGUUCUGUGUCAGGUCUGGGUUUUGGUGUUUGUGAGAGGUUUAUGAUUAUGAUUUAAUGAAAGUGUUUCUUCAAGAUCAGUUGGUUUAGUGCAAUUUUUAAGAGCAAGCAGAGUCAAUAUAGAGGUAUGGAAUGAAGGUUAGAGUGAAUGAGCGACGAUCAUGUGAUCAUCACAUGGUCUACGUGCCUAUAUCACAUGCACAGCAUGUUGUCGUCAUGUGGUGUCCAUGCAAACCAGAUACUAGGUACCAAAAAGAAGAAAUAAAGUUGGUCUACUUUUCAAUCUUAUCUUGGACGGAUGAUUGAAACAGUUUGGGAGAAUUUGAAAAUUUGAAGAAAAAAAAAAGGAAAAAGAAAAGAAAAAUUAUAUUUUUUAUUUCUCUGACUAUAGAUGUGAAAGACAUGUAAAGAAGCCUUGUUUUAUUGAAAUGCUAAUUUUGUGAAGGAUCUAAUUCUCAAGAUUUGUAGUGUUAAGCAUAGACUGUAGAAAACAAAGUUUAGAAAGUAGCAUGCAUAAACUGCCAGCCAUUUUAAGAGAUGAAGAAAUUGUAGAGGUGAAACGCUUAUGAUAUUCUUGUAUUUGAUUCAAUUAACAAAGAGAAAUUGGCAAACUGGGAAAUGACUGUGUGGUUCCUUUUUGUCUGUCACUGUGAUUUGUAUUUAAAUAGGAAAUCAUAUGCAUUGUUGAUGUUGCUAAGAUAACUAAGUGUACUGUAAUUAUUACGUAUUCAGUGGAUUUGAAUUUUAAACAAUUACUAUUCAUAUUUAAAGAAAUACCGUGUUCUAAGAAUCUACGUAAAGGAUCGUAUCAAAUUUAAAUGUACCUUAUAGUACUUGUAUAUUUUUCUUUUCUCCUAUGGUGCGAUGGCUAUUGUAUUCCUAUUAUCUUUUUUAAUGAUAAAGUAGUCCAUCCUCCCCCUUCUGAUUUAAAAGUAGAGGCUCUUUUCGUAUUUGUAUACACAUUUAAUAUAGAUUAGUAUGCUUAUACAUAUGUUCCGAAAUCUAUCUUUAGGCAUUACGCAAUCAAACUAUACGUAGCUGCAUUUAUGUAUGUAGAAGCACCUUUAACUUUAUCACACAAUGAAACACAAUGCAUCAUUGCACUUAUUUUAGUUUCCUAAUUUUAGGUAGAUUUUCAGUAGGCAUGAAGAGGGGGUGGGGGGGAUGUGGGUGAAGAUAAAUCUGCAUUUUUUAUACUUGUUUUAAAGUGAUCAUUUGGAGAGGACAUGUUCAAGUCUCGAAAUCGGCUUCAAUUUUUUAUAAUCUUCAAAGCACUUUUUGUGGUCAUGUCACGAUUUUUCUCUUUUACCUUGUAUAAACAUUGAUUUGAUAAUUUUUCAUUCAUCGAUGUAGUCAUGGUAACAAAUAAGAUUAAGAUAUUGGACAGUCAUGUAUUCGUGUUGUCUUCAUUGUUGCCAAUUUGAUAGGAUACAAGAUAGAUAUUCAAAUGCUGUAUAUUUCAAAUAUCAUUCUUUUGUUUCUUGGAAUGAGGCCAAUUUUUUUUUUGUUAAUUUUACUUUGCUUCCUCUGUAGUGGAAUUUUGUAAACUAUUUUGUAGAAUGUAUUCAUUUACGGCAUUAAAAUGCCCAAUAUAUUCAUCACAAGGACAGUACUAGGUACAAUGUCACUGUGUAUUAUUUUGUUUUUGUAUCGUUGCGUCUUUUCAUCGUUGAAGCCUUAGGAAUCCAUAUUUCUCUUCGCUCAGCUUUUUUUUUUAAUUCAACACCAAUCAUAUUGUAUUGCCUUAGUCUUGGACUAAGCCUGAUUGGAAGAAAUAUUACCAAACAUCAUGAUUUUAUUUAUGCAAAGGAAAAGUAGACUAGUUCUCCACAGCAAGAAGACUUUUAGGUUAGCUGGUUAUGGAAUCUAUUUUUAGAGGAUGAACGACAUAUUUCUAUCAUCCGAUAGAUGUAUUCUGUCUGAUAAAGCUUUUAUUCACAAACCAAAUGAAAGAUGCACAUGCAGUAAGUUGGAAUGGUUAUGAGGGAUUGCAUUGUAUUACUUUUUAAUUUAACAUAGUGUAGCCUUUUAAUUAGAAAUGAACUCACCUUUUUUCUUCUGUAUUCUGUAAUAUGUACAUGUAUGUUACUAUCUAUCACAAGAGUGUACAUGUUCAAUCCAUGUUUUGAAAACGUGAGACCUUGUACCGAAACAUGUGUCUAACGGUAUGAAGAAGCGGAUAUGUAUAUGUACAUUAUGACUGGAAGUUUCUUCAAUUCAAAAUCCAGAUGUAAAAAUGAACAUUUUUUUAAGCCAGGGCAGCGAUUAUUAGAUUGUCAGGGUUUUUAUUUUGACAUUCUGCUUGUGUUUUUUUUUUUUUUUUGUAUUCCCUGCUGCAUAUCUGGUCCUACACAGUUAUGAAGUCAACCAGUCAUUAUCUUUGCUAGAUUCCAAACCAAUAUUCAUGCCAUUAGGGGUUAUAGAUACCUCCCAUUGUAUAUGUCAAGAUAUAUUCUGUUUCCGGUACAAACAAAUUCCUGAAAAGCACCAUCAGUGGGAAAUCACACGACUACACAAAUAGUCAUUUACUAAUCCAUGGUUGACAUUUCAGCAAUGAAAGAGGGAAGAAAAAAAUCGCGCCAGUGCUUGUCAUUUAAAGGUAUUGCAUUCCAAUGUAAUAACCAGUGGGUUUUUCUGACAUUUAAUAAGUACUAAUCCAAAUUUGAUGCCUAUAUUAAAGAAUCAAUUGCUCUAUUGAUCUUGAUG